CGCUCCGGCCUGGCCCUGCUGCCGCCCGCCGCCGCUCUCCUGCGCGCCGCGCCCCGCCUCGCCGGCCUCCCGCGCCGGCCCCGCGCCCUCCUCCUCCUCCUGCAGCCGCCGCCCGGCGCCGCCAUGCCCGGCCCGGCCGCCGGCAGCCGGGCGCGGGUGUACGCCGAGGUGAACAGCCUGAGGAGCCGCGAGUACUGGGACUACGAGGCGCACGUCCCGAGCUGGGGCAAUCAGGACGACUACCAGCUGGUUCGCAAGCUCGGGCGAGGGAAGUACAGCGAGGUCUUCGAGGCCAUCAACAUCACCAACAACGAGAGGGUCGUCGUGAAGAUCCUCAAGCCAGUGAAGAAAAAGAAGAUAAAACGCGAGGUUAAGAUUCUGGAGAAUCUACGUGGUGGCACCAACAUCAUUAAUCUGAUUGACACUGUCAAGGAUCCGGUGUCAAAGACCCCUGCUCUGGUGUUUGAAUACAUCAAUAACACAGAUUUUAAGGCCCUGGAUUACUGUCACAGCAUGGGGAUCAUGCACAGGGACGUCAAACCCCACAACGUCAUGAUAGACCACCAACAGAAAAAGCUGCGGCUCAUAGACUGGGGUCUGGCCGAAUUCUACCAUCCAGCUCAGGAAUACAAUGUCCGUGUGGCCUCUAGGUACUUCAAAGGACCGGAGCUCCUUGUGGACUACCAAAUGUAUGACUACAGCUUAGACAUGUGGAGUUUAGGCUGUAUGCUGGCAAGCAUGAUCUUCCGAAAGGAGCCCUUCUUCCAUGGCCAGGACAAUUAUGACCAACUGGUUCGCAUCGCAAAGGUCCUGGGCACAGAUGAGCUGUAUGGGUAUCUCAAGAAGUACCACAUAGAACUGGACCCCCACUUCAAUGAUAUCCUGGGCCAGCAUUCACGGAAGCGCUGGGAGAACUUCAUCCACAGUGAGAACAGACACCUGGUCAGUCCUGAAGUCCUAGACCUCCUGGACAAGCUCCUGCGAUAUGACCAUCAACAGAGGCUGACCGCCAAGGAGGCGAUGGAGCACCCCUAUUUCUAUCCAGUGGUGAAGGAGCAGUCCCAGCCCAGCUCAGAAAAUGCUGUGCUCUCCAGUGGCCUGACAACAGCACGAUGAAGACUGGAAAACGACGGGUAAUUCAAGAUGUUUACAAAUAAAAGCAAAACCUUCGGUCACACAGUGAAGGGAAAAGAACCAAGGACCCCCCCCUCCUUCCCCUCCCCUUUAUACUUGGCAGAAAUCUAACCUUGGGGGGGGUCAUACACCUCAGUUCCUCUCUGGUGGUUGUGGUUAAUGUAACUCUAACCCUGUGGUACCAAAGCCCUGGGCAAAUGGUCUUGCAAGAGCUAAACAUGUAGUGAUAUCCCCAGGGCUCAACACAACUGAUUCUGGUUCACAUCUCUAUGGAUCCUUCUCUUCCUUCUCAGUCCAGCCUUCCCCACCACACCAGUGGGGACAAAUUGGUUGUUCCACCAUCAGCCCUUAGCAUGCCUCUUUUUAAACAUGCCUUUCUGACUUGUAGACUCUGGAUGAACCAAAUUCAGGCUGGGGGUCAGCAGGUGCAUCUCUGUCCAAGUCCUACUGCUCACUCUGGGCUUGAAUUUGGCCCUUGAAUUCCAGUUUCAAUUGCAAAUGCCGGGGCAGUUGAGGGGAGGGGGGAGGUUCAUCAAAAAGCAGCCCGCAAACCCAGCAGCAUCUCAGGAUUGGUUUGGAGCAUUAAAACGAAGGUACUGAUCGAGUUGCUGGGGAGAAGUGAAAUUCCCCCCUCCAGCUGUGUUUGACAAAGGCUCGCUCUGAGAAGAAACUCAAUAGACCUGCUUUGGAAACUUGUGAAUGUGAGGGCUGCUCUUGUGGCAGGACAGGGGAGGGACUAUCCAGACUUUCCCAUCGAGCUCAGGAAAGUCAGUGUUGCAAGACUUCUUGUGAUAGGUGUGCAACCACGUACCUCAUGACGUGGCUCCCAUGAGAAUUCGUGCCAGACGCAGACUUAUGCCAGAGUACAGCUCUGGAGCGGUUCAAUCCAGCACCGCAGGAUGGAGAAGUGGAGAGGAGGCCAGGGAGGAGAGCACAGGGAGGGGGAAGGAUCAGCACACAGCGGCGUGGUCUGUCGGGGAGGGGGCUGUGCAGCUACUGAUCCAGGACUUGGGAUCCCACGCAGUGUUUUAACAAAGUCAGCCAGUUGUUGAAUUCUGGGGUGCCGAUCCUGUUGUGGGGGGUGGGGGGUUUGUCUUGCGGGUUCUUUCAUCAGAUCCCUCGAUGGCUUUAUAGCCCCACAAUUCACAGUUGCCUCCUCUACUUGUUCUGUGUGUAACUUCAUCAAGUGGUUCUGGUGACACUCAAACCUAGAAGCUGGAGAUAGUGUUUUCCCACCAGCACCUAAACACAGAAUUUCCUUCUGCGGCAUUGUCGAAAUAGUUAAUUUUUUAUAAGGUUGCAAUGUUUCUAUUUGAAACAUCUGUUUACAUUCCAUAUUCCAAUAAAGUUCUAUUGGCAUCGAUAGCAGGUCAAUCCAUUUGUAUAAUUCACUGAAACCAAUAAAUAUCUAUACGUCUGAA